ACCACACCUAACGGAGUCGAGUAGGCAGGAAAACCAUUUAAACUCACAACACAACAUGAUGUGUUUCACACAGUGCAUUGGGUGACCGCUGCACUAACAUCUGUAUGAUCCGCUGCGGAGUGAGAGAAAUGCGCGUGUUAACGGUACUCGCCGUUAUAUGUGUCCUGAAGGAGACUGAAGCUUGGGGUUACAAGAAUGGGAUACUGCACAACUCUAUCUGGCUGGAGCAAGCAGCUGGAGUUUACCACCGCGAAUCUCGCAAAGGAAGAUAUCAGCUGACGUAUAAGGAAGCCAAGGCUGUGUGCAGUUUUGAGGGGGGAGAUCUUGCUACGUAUGAUCAACUGGAGGCUGCUCGACAAAUUGGGUUCCAUGUGUGUGCAGCUGGAUGGUUUGACAAAGGACGUGUGGGCUAUCCGAUUGUUAAAGCUGGUGUCAACUGUGGUUUCGGGAAGGUCGGAAUCAUUGAUUACGGAUACCGGCUAAACAAAAGUGAAAAGUGGGAUGUCUACUGCUAUAACCCUGAGGCAAAGGAGUGUGGAGGAGUGCACACAGAUCAGGAGAAGGUUUUAGAUUCUCCUGGUUAUCCAGAAGACUACCAGGAUGAGCAGAUUUGCUACUGGCACAUUCGUGUGCGCUACGGCCAGAGAAUACGCCUGCGAUUCCUAGACUUUGACAUUGAGGAGGAUACAGCUUGCCUCAGUGAUUAUCUGGAGAUCUUUGACAGCUAUGAUGAUGUUUCAGGCUUUGUUGGCAGAUACUGUGGGGAUGAACUUCCGGAGGACUUCAUAAGUACAGGGAACGUCAUGACUCUGAAGUUCCUCUCUGAUUCUUCUGUGACGGCUGGAGGGUUUCAGCUACAGUACGUCGCUGUGAACUCCUCCCAGGAGUGAUCUCCUCUCCUCAUAGCGAGAUCAUGCUGACACCUUCUCUUGACCACUGUUUAAUUCACUAAUCACACUUCUUUUUACAAGUGUAUAUAUUACUUUUUUUUUAGCCACAGUGCAAUUUAAAGCUAAUAAUAAUCAUAAAUGUAUGUGUUGGCAUGUGCACAUUUCAAAAACUCUUAUAAAACAGUUUUCAAAAUUGUAUUUAAUGUUUUACAGUGUUUUAAUGUGAACAACAUUUAACCAAAAUAAUUCAAUUGAAAUCUCUUGGCUUUAAUAGAAAUAAACCCAUUGGAAAUAUA